AUGGUAGACCAGCAUCAUCUCCCGGACGCUUCGCGUCGUGCGUCGCGCUACGAUAUCCUUCAGCCCCAGUUCAAGCAGCCGGCAAGGCCGGUCGCCCAACGAGACCGAUAUCGUGCAACCCAGUACUGUAACCCCAUAUACGAUGUAGUUGAAAAUGACAAUGCAUCCGAUAAAGGUCUGCAGCUCGACUCUUUCGAUGAGAGAUUACUACAAGAACCGUAUCCCGAUCGCCAGCAGCAAGCCAUGCAAGGCCGAGCGAGGUUGUCCCUUGCCCCAGCUCAGUCCACAUUUUUCAACCAUGCGGCACCUACUCAGUCACAAACCUCAUACUCUGCUCGUGAGAACGACAUGUACCAUGAUCCUGGCCGCUUUGCCUACAAUCCCACGCAGACCCAGCAUUCAAGCUCCGACGUGCUAGUUGCCCCAUCAUCUAGUCCUGCUUUCAAAGCUAGCCAACGCCAUGUUGAAAAACAACAAGAACAGCACAUGCGUUCUUAUCAGCAGGUCACACCUUUCAAGCCCCUACGAGAUGACCCUCAGUCACAAAUACCUUCUAUAAAUCAGAUGGAAGAUACUACCCACCCAUAUGGCCAACAGACACGUUCAAGGCCAGAGCGCAAUUCAACAAGCCUGACUAAUCUUCCCAUGUGUCAAGAUAUCCGUUUACUCCCCGUCAUAACUCUACCCGAUCGGCUGCGAACAGUUUUCCCUUAUCCAACGUUCAAUGCCGUCCAGUCAAAAUGCUUCGAGAGGAUGUUCCAAACUGACGACAACUUUGUGCUUGCUUCUCCCACUGGAAGUGGCAAGACCGUCAUCUUGGAGCUUGCUAUAUGUCGGGCAAUCGCUACGAAUGCGACCAAUCAAUACAAGGUGGUCUACCAAGCGCCGACUAAGGCUCUGUGUGCUGAGCGACAGCGCGAUUGGGAAGCCAAGUUUACAAAGCUCGGUCUUAAAUGUGCCGAGCUUACUGGUGAUACAGACGUUUCCGACCUCCAAAGCGUGCAGAGCGCCAACAUCAUCAUCACCACACCCGAAAAGUGGGAUAGCAUGACUAGGAAAUGGAAAGAUCACGAGAAGCUGAUGAGGCUCAUCAAGGUGUUUCUCAUUGACGAAGUCCACAUACUGAGGGAGGACCGCGGCGCUACGCUUGAGGCGGUUGUAUCACGAAUGAAGUCCAUUGGCACGAAUGUCCGCUUUGUAGCCUUAUCUGCGACUGUGCCCAAUUUCCAGGAUAUCGCAGCCUGGCUGGGUAAAAAUUCGUUGGAGCCUGAUAUACCGGCCGCGAAUGAGAGUUUCAGUGAGGAGUUUCGGCCAGUAAAACUGAAGAAGCACGUUUGUGGAUAUGCUUAUACUGGUAUCAACGACUUUGGUUUUGAAAAAGUUCUUGAUGGCAAACUUCCCGAAGUCAUUGCUACUUAUUCCGAGCGGAAGCCUAUUAUGGUCUUUUGUGCGACCAGAGCUUCCACAAUCAACACAGCCACGCUGAUUGCGAACUGGUGGGCCUCAAAAGCCGGCCAAGGCCGAUUCUGGAACCGCCCCUCCAAGACACUGCCGCUACACAACAAGGAACUUCGGGACACUGUCGCUUCCGGUGUCGCAUUUCAUCACGCUGGACUUGACCUGGAUGACCGAAUGCAAGUUGAGAGGGGUUUCAUUGCGGGUGAGAUCAACGUCAUUUGCUGCACCUCUACCCUUGCGGUUGGGGUAAACUUACCCUGUCACCUCGUCAUCAUCAAGAACACGAUGGUUUGGGGAGGAGGAAGACUCCAAGAAUACUCUGAUCUAGAGAUGAUGCAGAUGCUUGGCCGCGCAGGCCGACCUCAAUUCGAUGACACAGCCGUGGCAGUGAUCAUGACCCGCCAAACGAAAGCUCGCCGUUAUGACAUGUUAGUCACUGGCCAGCAACUCAUAGAGAGUAAGCUUCAUCUCAACUUGGUAGAUCACUUGAAUGCCGAGAUCGGUCUGGGAACGAUUCAAGACCCAUUGUCGGCGAGAAAAUGGCUUAGAGGAACAUUCCUUUUCGUUCGACUCCAGAAAAAUCCCGGAUAUUACAAGCUGGAAGGCGCUAGAAGUGGACAGAGUAUUGAGGAGCAGGUGGACGACAUUUGUUCCCGUGACAUCACGCUUCUACAGGAGAUCAAUCUCGUUUCUGGCCAGGAGGACUUCAAAUGUACGGAAUUUGGCCAUGCUAUGGCACGAUACUACGUUCAUUACGAGACCAUGAAAAUAUUCAUGGGACUUCAUUCUAGAUGUUCUCUUUCUGAGAUUCUCUCAGCCAUUGCCCAAGCCACCGAAUACUCCAGUAUACGAUUUCGUCAAGGCGAAAAAGCCCUGUACAAACUCCUCAACAAGUCUCCUUCCAUUCGCUGGCCUAUUCCUGUCAAUCUGGAUUUGCCAGCCCAAAAAGUGUCGUUGAUCGUGCAAUCUGUUCUCGGCUCCGCUGAUAUCUCUUUCGACGGCGAGAUGAGCAAACACAAGGCACAGUAUACGAUGGAAGUGAUGGUGGUCUUUAAAACUCUCGGAAGUCUCAUCCGUUGCAUCAUCGACUGCCAGAUUGCCCUCGGAGACUCUGUAAGCAUCCACAAUGCUCUAAUGCUUGAGCGCAGCAUAGGGGCAAGAGCUUGGGACGACAGCCCACUACAAAUGAAGCAGGUACAUACCAUUGGCGUGGUAGCAGUCAGGAAGCUUGUCAACGCUGGUAUAAAAUGCAUAGAGGAUCUCGAAGAUUGCGAAGCUCAUCGUAUUGAAGCUCUUCUUGGCAAAAAUCCGCCCUAUGGUCUCAAGGUGCUUGAGAACGUCCGCACGUUUCCAAAGCUCCGCGUUUCCCUCCAUGCGCGACCAUCAACUACGGCCCCGACUCCCAGGGGAGUCAAAAUUGAGAUUCGAGCGGACAUUGGCUUCAUCAACGAGCAACCACCCCAACGCUUCAACUCCAAGCUUAUAUACGUUUGUCUGUUACUAGAGACUUCCGAUGGCCGCAAGAUACACUUCGCUCGAAUCAGCGCAUCGAAGCUAGAUUCCGGCCAGAGCGUCGCAAUACCAGCUCUUCUAGUAAGUCCGGAUCAGUCCGUCAACUGUUAUGUCAUGUGCGAUAGCAUCGCCGGCAGUAUGCGUGUUGCGACUGUGAAACCUCGAGUCAACCCAUCCAUGUUUCCGAAACCAGGAUCUCUUGAUCCAGACACGACAACGCAUCAGUCUAACAUGUCCAAGCGCCGCAUCGAUACCACACAAGCAAUGCGAAAACCAUCGGUUACCAGCGAAGAUUUUGGUGAUGACGAUCUUGACGAUGAAACGCUCGUGAAAGCUGCUGCUAAUGAUCUCGACUUUGACCACAUUGAAAACUACGCGAAUCCUUUCGACGCCAUGACCCGGAAGAACACUGCAACGAAUAAGCAACACAAGAAUACUCAGGGUGGGAAGGGCUUGCUGAGGUCUGUUGAAGCAGACGGCGAGGACAAUGAGCAAGAGCCUGUGCAGCUCGCCAACGGAAAGUGGGCCUGCAAUCACGCAUGCAAAGACAAGGGAACCUGUAAGCACUUCUGUUGCAAGAAUGGUAUGGAAAAACCACCGAAAAAGAAGUCAGUCACCAAACGAGUGCCAUCAGGUGAGACACGACUUCAACCACAACAGAAAACACUGCUUUCGAAAGGCAAAGAAAGGCAGACAAAACUCCAAAUUACCACUUCCAAACGAAAGAUUUCCUCGCCGAUUGAGGAACUCGAUCUUACACAGCAAGAGAAGAAGAAGAAGACCGACUACGAAAAAAAUGGACCAAGAGAAUACCGCGAUCUGCAUCAAUUGCAUAAGACGAUCCAAGGGAAUGACCUCCCUUCUUCCCUUCAUUCCGUCAUGCAUAAGAAACCCGCCUAUUGUUACUCCGUUGGAGGUGAGCACAAUCUCGCCUUCAUGAAUGAUACGACAACGGGGCGACUUCACACUCCUAGUGACUACGGAAGCAUCCAGUUCGAAGACUCGCCUCCUCAUCCUGGGCCCUCUCAUCAUUUGCUUGUGCAGCAAGACUCUGACCAACUAGGUGGUGAAACAGCGCAGAGCGAUUACUUGGGCUAUGAGGCUGCAGUAUCAGUCGUUUCUCGUGGAUCUGACACGUAUGGCGAUGACGACUCCCUCCUUGGUGACGCUAUGAUCGGACUAGUGGACUCUCAUACCCUGCAGGGAGCGGAACAGAACGACGUGGAUCAAUCUCAAGAGGAAGCUCCGAACUAUGCCGAUGAGGUGGAACACGACGAAUACGGUGCUGGCUUAUAUGACGACUUCACAGAGUACGGAAAGGAUCUCUACAAUAGCCCUCAGGGAGUGCGAUAUGUCGCGGAAAAUGCCCCGCCGACCCGUACUUUCACAAGAAAAUUACCGUCGCUUUUCGUAAACAGUAUGAGCACUUCCGCAACCGCACACGAAAACUCUGAGCCAGCGGACACCAUGUACCAGGACCCGGAGCUGAGCGACCUGGCCCCACAAAAGGCUGUACCGUCACCUUCGCAAGUGAGCCUGGACAACCACCUGGCGCUUUUCGAAGAAGAGGAUAUAGAUGACCUUGACAUGGUAGCGUGUGAGCCGAAAGAAGAUGUUCCGGCCAAGGACACGACUGUUCCUGAGGCAUUCGGCGAUCUUGAGCCGUGGCUGUUCCAGGAGUUUGGCGACAUUGUGGAGCUGAUCGAGGAAUGA